AUUAUUGCAGGCUUUUUUUGGCGUGUUUGAUGGACAUGGAGGUGCCAGAGGUGCCAAAGCUGCGGAGUUUGCUGCGAAUAACUUGGAAAAGAACAUCUUGGAUGAGGUUAUCAUGAGUGAAGACCAAGAUGUUGAGGAGGCAGUGAAGCGCGGUUACCUCAAUACUGAUUCUGAGUUCAUGAAACAAGAUCCCCAUGGUGGUUCUUGUUGUGUAACAACAUUGAUUAGGAACGGUAACUUAGUUGUAUCUAACGCUGGUGAUUGCCGUGCUGUCAUUAGUAGAGGAGGGGUUGCAGAGGCCCUAACAUCUGAUCAUCGACCUUCCAGGGAAGACGAACGGGAAAGAAUUGAGACCUCGGGUGGUUAUGUUGAUUUAUGUCGUGGUGUUUGGCGGAUUCAAGGAUCUCUGGCUGUAUCUAGAGCUAUCGGAGACCGACACCUGAAACAAUGGGUGACUGCAGAGCCUGAAACUAAAGUUAUCAGCAUUGAACCUGAACAUGACUUGUUAAUAUUAGCAUCAGACGGUUUAUGGGAUAAGGUAAGAAUAUUGAUCUACAAAUUAUUAGUAGUUAGUAUUAUAUUUACUCAUCAGCCAGAGAUUGAACUAUCGAACCAACUGAGCUACUAUUGAAUUGAAUAAUUAACUGAUCAAGUUUAUUUUUGUCAUUCUGAUUUCAAGUUAGUAACCAAGAAGCAGUAGACAUUGCUCGUCAAUUUUGCAUAGGAAACAACGAACACCGACCAUUGCUGGCAUGUAAAAAGCUUGCAGAAUUGUCUGCUUCGCGAGGCUCGUUGGAUGAUACGAGUGUUAUGCUAAUCAAAUUGAAACAUUAUACUUAGAAGGUUCAUUCGAAGAAGAGGAGAAGGUGGUGCAUGAUGAUAGAGAUUAGCUUAUUCUUUUAUGUAGAUAAUAAUUAUCAUUAGUUAUUGAUUAUUCAUAUCUGACGACAUUUAUCGGUGAUUUUUUGUACCGGUAGAUGGGUGGUAGAGAUUAAUUAACAUUGCAGUUUAGUAUAAUGUUUAUGUCAUAAUCAUGUAGUAACUU